AUGAACGCCUCACAGACCGUCCCCGUGCUCCUCCUCAAGACGCGGUCUCAACCACAUGACGCCUAUGAGGAAUACUUGGCCCCAUCCUCCGGCACCGGUGGCAGUGGCAGUGGCAGUGGCAGCACCAAGCACGCGGAUAGUGCCGUUUCGACCGUCUUGCUGCCCGAAUUCGUUCCUGUUCUGGAUCACCGCGCAAACACCGAGAACUUGGCUAGGCUGGAGGACCUGCUGAAGAGGGGGAGGCUGAGCGAGCAAUACGGUGGCAUGAUCUUCACGAGCCAGCGGGCGGUCGAGGCCUGGGCCGACGUGGUCAAGCGAGUUGAGCAGCAACAGGGGGCCAGGGUCGAAGAACAUGGAUCCGUGAGUGCUUCAAAUCCGGAUGCGGGCCAUCGGUACGGUGUGUUCCCUCCAACACCGGCUCCUGCGUACGGGGGGGAACGAAAGAAUUGCCCCUCUGGAGAUGUGGAUGUGUUGACCCUUGACAAGACCACCGCCAUAGACCAUGACGGCGGAAACCCUUCGGGGAACCUCUUCGACGAUGACUUUGCCUUCCCCCUCUACACCGUCGGGCCCGCCACUUCGCGGGCAUUGAACACCCUGGUCACCGAAUCGUCAGCAUCAAAGCAGUCACCAUUCUCCCGCCUACGCCCCUCCGUGCUGGGCGAACACACGGGCAACGGGGACACACUGGCACAGUAUAUCCUCUGGCACUACAACGCCCUGCACUCGCGGCGCCUCUACACCUUUUACGACGCGCCGAGACUGCCCUUCACGCCGGUCAUGGGACCGGCGCGGGGGGAAAGGGUAGACAAAGACGACGUGAGACUACAAAAGAAGCCGUUACUGUUUCUCGUUGGCGAGCAGAGGCGAGACAUCAUACCCAAGACCUUGACGGACAAGGAAGGUAAGUUGGCGCCCGGGGAGAGGAUCCAGGUGGACGAGGUCGAGGUGUACACCACGGUGGUGAUGGAGUCGUUCCAAGACGACUUUCGACGCAGAAUCGCCUCGUCCCGGGAACACGGGGCGAAAGUGGUCGUCGUCGUGGUGUUCAGUCCCCAGGGCUGCGAAUCGAUGCUGCGAUCGCUCGACUACAUCGACCAAGGUCACGCAUUGACGGAACGCGCGAAGACGAGGUGGGCGGAGAACGUCGAGGGCCAUGAUGUCGAUGCCGCCGCCGCUCCCUCGCAGACGCAGCCGCCGCGGUACGUGAUCGUGACCAUCGGUCCCACGACACGCGACCACCUGCGGAGCAAGUACGGGUUCGACCCGGAUGUGUGUGCGGCCAAACCGAGUCCCGAGGGCGUGGGCAAGGGGCUGAUGGAAUUUCUGGAGAAGAAAGGAUUGAUAUUAUAG